AUGGUGGCCCCAAAAGCACCACAGUUUUAUAGUCCGCAAGUAAAGCUUCGCAGCCUCACAGAAGACUACUGCGAGUUCGUGCUCAGCAACGUCAAUGCGAGCAUCGCGAACGCACUACGCCGUGUCAUACUGGCAGAGGUGCCCACCAUAGCCAUCGAGCUUGUGGAGAUAGAGAGCAACACGACAGUGCUGAACGAUGAGUACAUUGCCCACAGACUGGGGCUCGUACCCUUUGUGUCCAGCCGCGUGCAUGACAUGAAGACCAUUUAUGAGGCCACAGAAGACGAUGACUGGACAGACGUGGAGUUUACUCUUAACGUCCGAUGCACUAGGGACGAGACGAUGAAUGUGACCAGCGACGACUUGCUUCCAGCUGACACACGCUUCCCAGAUGUCAUGCCAGUGGGCUACGAUGAGCGAGGCUCCCUCACACGCAAGCACAAGAGCGUCCUCCUCGUCAAGCUGCGUAAAAACCAGGAGCUCAAACUGAGAGCUGUGGCACGCAAAGGCAUAGGGAAGGACCAUGCAAAGUGGAUACCUGCGGCCACGGUGUCUUAUCAGUUCCUACCAGAGAUCACCAUCAACCACGAUCUCAUGGACACCCUGACAGAUGAGCAGAAGCAGGCGUUUUGCGCCGCAGACCCUCGCAAGACCUUCCGCUUCAAUCAGAUCAGUAAAGCGGUGGAAAUCGUCGACCCCGAGCUGUACAUGUACGACGGCGAGGUGCUUGCCAAGGCUGCAGAGAUGGGCAAGCCCGGCCUGAUCGACAUCUGCCAGCGGCAGGACACCUUCAUCUUCAGGGUGGAGGGGACGGGGGCGCUCACCCCCGAUGACAUGGUGCUCACCGCCCUCGACGUGCUCAGCGGCAAGCUGCAGACCUUCGGCGCCGAGCUGGACAGGGAGGGGGCUGAGCUGGCGGACCUCACACACGGCAUGCUCUGA